CACACUAUGCCUUUUUAAAAAAGAUCGCGAUUUAACAGCAUCAAAUUAAUUGUCGACGCGACAUCGAAAGUUAAUGGAUGGAGAGGGCGCUGAGCUCUGUGACGUCAUACAACAACAAGGGUUUGUUUGAAAAUGGCUGCCUCCAUGGCCUAAGGAACCCUCCUGCACUUACGUUUUCGAUAAAAAUGGCACACAAUCAGGAGGGAUAUUUUUCGUGAUGGUUUUCUGUGAUGAAAUAACAUGACUGGAUGUAGAAGAUAGUGCGCUAUCGCCAUGGCAGGUGUUGGGAACCAGAGAACAUCGGAAAGUCCGACAGACGUCCAGUCCCAGAUUACUGACUACUUGUCUAAAGACGGACUGAACCCACAAUGUGCAGACACAGAGAAACUCCUGUAUCUAUGGCGACUCUACCAGAAUUCACAGACGGACCUGAAGCUGGCGCGGGAGUUGGAGGAGAAGCUGCGACAGUCCCAGUCGGAGGAGAUGAAGGAGGUGGAGAACUAUGUGGAACACAUCCGCCACCUGUCAGACGAGAGAGAGGCUCUCAUACAGGAACUGGAGGGCGAGAACGAGGCUCUCAAGUCGGAGGUCGAACAAUUCAAGGCCAAUGAGAGUGAUGAAAUCCGUAAAGAAACGUCAGAGAUGCUUUCACAGCAGGGACUGGAUGAGAUUGCCAAGGCAACAAGCAGUGAACAGAUUGCCUUUCUUCUGGUGGAACGAGCAAGGCUAUUGGAUGAGCUGGAGGCGGAGCAGAAUAACAGCCAAUCAGGUGACAAGGAUUCAGAGGAGUUGAAGAAGAUCCUGGAACGAGAACGUGACGACUUUGAGGAGGAGAUGCAGCAACUACGACAGCAGGAGAACCGGGCGCGGAGUUCACUGAAGCACGAACACGAGGAGGAGAUUGGAGCACUCAUGGAUGAGAACGCCAAGCUGGAGGACGACCUCAAUUCUUCCAAACAAAAGUUGAAGGAACUUGAAGCUGAGAUAAACAGACUCACCGAUGACCUUGAGAAUGAGCACAACCUGCGUCAGAGCGAACGGGAAGAACGUGAUGAGGAGAGAAGGAAGGAGAAAGAGGAUAGAGAGAAGGAAAGACAAAAGGACAAGGAAUCCCUCAUGGAAAGUCCGCGCCCCCAAAGAGCCGGACUGACGCGCUCGGCCAGUGAUGUGUCUCUCAGGAGGAUCAUAGAGGAGAAAACUAAAAUAGAAGGAGAAAUAAUUCCCCUUCGCAGCAAGAUCCGAAGCAUGGAGACAGAGAUUGGCAAGAAAGAGGAUGAAUUGAAAAAGAUGAAGAAUGAUAUGGAGAAGGGGCUGAUGCAGCAGCAGCAACUCCAGCUGAAGAACAAGAACCUGCGAGCUGAGGCAGAGGAGCUGGAACAACAGCUGGAUGAGGCAGAGUCAAGUGUUGAGAAGUUGUCGACCACCAAUGAGGAACUGUCCACAAAGCUUUCCACUUUACAAGAGGAGGUGAAGGUGCUUAGGUCAGAGUCUCAGAAGGCCUCCACACUCCAGGAUGUUGUAGACAUUAUGAAGAACGACAAACAGAACCUCACGGACAAGAUGGCAACCUUGAAGAAUGACCUUGCUGAAGCUGAGGCUGAAAGGGAGGAAUUAACCAAUCAAAAUACAUUGCUAACAAAGAAAGAAGAUGAACUGACCAAUCACAUAGACUCUCUUAAACAGGCGAUCGAAUUAGCCAAUGAGGAGAGAGAAAAGAUGUGUAGGGACAAGGAUGACCUUUUGGCCUCCCGGGAGGAACAGGAGGGUCAGUUGAGGUCACUUCAUGAGGAGUUGGAAACACUCAAGGCUGAUAAGACGUCUCUGAGUGAAAACACAGAGUCUAUGAGUAAGGACAAUAAGGAACUGACCAAUCAGAUCGCUCAGCUUCAGGAGGAGAUGCAGAAGAACCAGUUAUCACACAGUCAAGAACUUGCCAAACUAGAGAUUAUUUCAUCUCACAUGAGAGAACAGAACCAGAAGCUGACUGGUCAAAUGUCCGACAUCCAGUCAGAACUCAAUGACACGCGAGUCAGUGAGAACACCCUCCUACAAACACAGAAGUCUCUUAUGACCUCAAAUGAUGACUUGGAAAAGAAAUAUAAGCUUGAGAUGGAUGAUAUCACGACCAAGCUGCAGAUGACGCUGUCAGAGUUGACCAAGACACGAACCACCCUUGAACAUGAACAGUGUGAGAAAACAUCUCUCUCUGACAAACUGUCAUUUUCCGAGACCCAAAUCCAUGAACUGACCAAGCUGAGGGCAUCACUUGAACAGGAACGAAAGUCAAAAUCAGAUUUAGAGUCGAAAAUUCAUGAAACUGAGAUGAAGUUAGCGGAAAGGACAAUGGUAGCGGAUGGGUUUGAGGGUGAGCGUAAACAGAGGAUUGAGUUAGAGAGGAAAGUGUUUGAUUAUGGCAAUGUGGAGGAUGAUCUGACAACAGCCAGAGAUAGACUGGAUCAGGAGCGGCGGAUGCGGAACGACCUUGAGGCCAAGGUCCUGGACUUGGAGCAGAUUCUGGAAGACCUGCGGAUGGACAAUGAGAACCUGCAGCACACCAUGGGCAACAAGGUGAAGUCUCUGGAGGCCCGAGUCAGGGCGCUGCAGGAUGAUCUCUUCACAGCGCAGGACGAGCUGCAGAUAGCACAGGAGAAGUAUGAACAGGCUGCAGCAGAGUUGGAGGCGUUGAAGGUGGAGUCAAGGAUUCAGCAGGAGACGCUAUCCCAGCUGCAGAUGAUGCCACCGGCGCCGGCGCCAAUCCAGGUCAACACCAAUGGUCAUAACGUGCACAAGUCACAGGACAUGAUCGACGGGGACAACCGUACCAAUGAUAGUUCCAAAGAUGUUUCUGAGCUUGAGACCAGCCUGGAGCUCUCCAAUGCCAAGCUGCAGGAGACGUUCGGUGCCCUGCAGACCUCCUCCAACAAGGUGAGUCAGCUGCAGCAGGAUCUUCGGUCAUCCAAUCAGAAGCUGGAGCAGCUGCAACAGGAUCUCCGGUCAUCCAAUCAGAAGCUGGAGCAGCUGGAGCGAGACUUCCAGCAUGCUGAAAAGUCACUUGAAAAUGCUGAAACCCAACUUGCCGAGACAAAGAAAGAACUCGCUCAAGUGGUGAGUUCUCGCGACGAGGUAGAAUCUCGGAUGCUGGAGUUGAGACAGGAGGUUGAGGCUGUGACUCGUGAGCGAGAUGGGUGUAAACGGGAGACGGAGCUUGCAAAGACAGCCAAUCAGUAUGGCUCGGAGGAGAGACAGAAGCAUCUGGACAGGAUCAAGACUGUGGAAGAAAUCUCGCGACAACUGGAGCUGGAUAAUAGAGAGAUGGCCAAAAAGUUGUCUGAGACCAUGGCACAAUGUGACACCUUGAAGGAUGAGCUCCACACAGAGAGACAGAGAGGUACAGAGAAGCACAGCCAGAAUGUGCGCUACAUCCAGCAGCUGGAGGCGGACCUGGACGUGGCCCGCGAGCAGAACAGGCAGCUGCGGGAGGAGCUCCACACACAUCAGACUCGGGUGUUCAAGCUGGAGGCCAAUGGGGUCGGACAGUCGGCGAAGUACGAAAGCACCAUCACGCGUAGGGAGAUGGAGUUGAAGGAGGUGAAGUUGUACCACAAGAAGGAGCUGGCGUCGUUGACGGAGAAGUUGGACAUUGCUGCCGCUGAGGCCAGGGACAUGAGGAGCCAGCUAAGGGAACGAGAACAGGAACUCCUGAAGCAGCAGAGCGACACUUCCAGGAGCAGGUCCACGGUUGACCGCCUCGAGGCCCAACUCAACACCGAGGUCAAACUCAGGACGGACUAUGAGAACAGAAACCAGGCCCUUGACCAGGAGAUGACCAAGGUAUGGAGCCAGGUCCGGACGCUGAUGGAGAAGAACGCCAACCUGGAGAACACAAAGAGGAGUCUGGAGGAUGAACUGGAUAGGAGAAGUAGCAGCUCAAGGCAGGCGGAGAAUGUGUACGCCCAGACCUCCGCCAGUCAGGAGGCCACCAUGAAAUCACUGUACAAUAGGACAGAAACUGCAGAACUGAAGGUUACAGAACUCUCUCUCCAACCUUUAAUUACCAAAGCGGAGAAGCUCCAGAGGGAGCUGCAGGAUGUGUCGGUGAAGAUGCACAGCACAGAACAGAACCUCCUCCAGGCUGAGUCCACCAAGCAGGACAUGCAGGACAAGAGUGAUCACAUCGUCAGCCUCCGCAACCAGCUGGAAGGGGAAAAGCUACAGAGGACCCUGCUGGACCAGACAGUGGCGGAGCUGAAGCACCAGGUGGCAAUCUUGAAACAGCGAGAGACGAAGCUGGUAGAAGAGAACAGAUCUCUGCAGCACAGUAUGAUUGACCUUGAGUCUCAAGUGGAAGAGCUUCAGGACCGGAGUGACACAGCGUAUGACAUGCACCACCAAAUGUCAGAGGUCGGCAAGAAGACACUGCUUGAACAAAUAACCCGACUGCAAAAGGAAGUGAAGGAACUUCAGUAUGAACUGCUCUCCACCAAUGAGAAGCGAGGACAUGCAGAGAAACGCUACGAAGAUCGCAAGUUGAGAACAAAAGAGAAGUUGCUUAAAGCAAGAGAAUUCUAUUCCCACGAAAAAACACGAAUGAAUGAUCAGAUGACCCGAAUGGAUGAAGAUCUACGACUAACACGAGCAACAUUACGAAAAGAGCUGGAAUGGAAGGAAAAGAUGGACAUCAAUUAUAAACAGUUGCUGCAGGAGAAGCGCAACCUCAUCACUCAGAUGACGGAGGUGGAAGAGACAGUCCGCGAUCGAACUCGCUCCCUCUCCAUGUUACAAGUGCGUACCAAAUUCUUAGAGGAGGAGACCUCGAGACUACAGGACCAUGUCGACACUCUUUCUCAGCAGAAACACAGUUUAGAUAGGCUUGUCAAAGAUCUGCGCCUCGGCAAGGAUCGAGAUGUUGCACGGGCUUACCCUACGGAUGAGCAUGCAGGGAGUUUCACAAGGGGAACAAGUGGAAUCGGAAACAGCAUAAACUCCAGCUGGGACCAGGACCACCUGUCGGAUGCCAUGUUGACGAUGCGAAGUUCCUCCUCACAUAUUAAUGGCUAUCUUAACAGAGCCUAUCCUGGUGGAGUGUUCAAUCUGUACUCCGGGCAGGACAAUGAAAGUGAAAAGUCAUUUGAGGGUGAACAGGAGUAUGAAGCGUAAUACUGUGACCUUGAGAUACAAUGUCAAUGUGGAGGUGAAGGUUGUGACCUUGAUUAAACAAUGCCAGGGUGAAGGUUGUGACCUUGAUUAAACAAUUUCAAGUGAAGAUUGUGGCCUUGAUAAAACAAAAUGAAGGUGAAGGUUGUGACCUUGAUUAAACAAUGUCAAGGUGAAGGUUGUGACCUUGAUUAAACAAUUUCAAGUGAAGGUUGUGACCUUGAUUAAACAAUGUCAAGGUGAAGGUUGUGACCUUGAUUAAACAAUUUCAAGUGAAGGUUGUGACCUUGAUUAAACAAUGUCAAGGUGAAGAUUGUGAUCUUGAUUCAACAAUAUCCAGGUGAUAGUUAUGACCUUUUCAGUGUCAUAUACAUUAGAAUUUUGACCUGCAAUGACUUAACGGUUACAAUCGCACAUGAACUAUUUGGCACUGUGGGCUGAACAUCUUCUGUUGAUCUGCCUUUACCUCCAAGUCCAGAAAUAUGACUGGAACCUACUGUAAGAUACUUUGUAAAUAUGAUGUAAGGUGUGUGAUGGUCUUACCAUGUGCUAUACCAUUUCUAACAUGAUCAGAUUGUUGUGGUUUCAUUUACUUCAUAAACCAUGUUGUGAUGUCAUCCCUAAUUAAACCACACCAAUGUUUCACCAUAUUGAAUACCAGUUCCUCUAGUAUGUGAGAUACAUUGUAAAAGCGUUAAUUUUAUGUGUUACUUACCUCAUGAUGAGGUUGCUCUUAUGGAAUGAAAUGGAAGACAUAUAGCAACAACGAUGUUAUCAGUCCCGUAAAAGCAGUACUUUAUGACAAAAAAUAUAUUUUUAUAUAUCUACUUUGUUAAAUGGUACGAAGUCAAUUUCAUGUUGUUUUUAUUCAAUCAGUUAUUGCUAUAUUCUAGUGUACUGAGGUGUCAUUCAUCAUUCCUGUUAUGUCACGUUUUUAAAACGACCAGUGUGUAUUAUAUCUUAUUCUGUAAAUCAGGUAAACAGUCUUGAUAUUUCUAUUUCUCUGUUUGAAUAUCACACAUAUCAAACAGUGGGCCCCCAUAUUUAACCAUAGUUAUUGGGUUGGAAAGUUUCUUAAAUUCUUAAUGCUACUCAAAUUGUAUAUAGCGAUAUACUUGUUAUAACACCUUGCCAUCUUUGUUUUAACCGUGGAAUGCAUGUAUGUGUGGCAUGCUUGGCACUCCCUGUACAACGCCUUCAAUGGUUUCGAAUAGUUUAUGAAAUCAUUAUCAAUGUGUUUGUGUCAGUCCCACAUAAUAACGUGACAACUAUUAUUCUGUUUCCUGUACAGAGAAAACCGUCCAAUACUGUUGUGUAUAUACCUGACUGAUGUUUCAGACGUGCAAGAGAACCUUGUCUGUUCCAUUGGUCAUUAGACUUGGUCAUGCCAUGUUCGAUCCAAUAAGUGCCUUUGGGUGGCCCCGUUGUUGCAGCAAUGAAAUGUCAGCUAAAUACUGAGUUUGGUUCUCCACGUGUGUGAUGCCCAUUCCUGGUGUUGUCUUAUGGCUGCAAUUAGGGGUGUCGGGAUUCAUUCUUCACAAGUGUACUCCAGAAGAUUGGAUUAAUGAAUUUCCUACCCUUGUUCUUGUUUUAAUUUUGAAUGUGAUACUUUAAUGGCGUCCCUGCAUGAAGUGUUGCUAAUAAAACCAUGAGAUCAUUCAAAAUUGCCUUUAGACUUGAGAAGGAUCCAUGUCAUGACAUCAUCAUGAUGGACACUCACACAAUCCAAUCAGAUUUUACACUGUUACUUGUGGCUUAUCUCAGGGCGUCUGGUUUGAUGUACUAACAGAUUGAGAUGCCAAUGUCUGUUUGCUGCCAUAUUGCCAGACGACAUAGUAUUUAUGUUAAGGCCCGUGCAUCACUUACAUCUAAAGUCAAUGCUAAUAUACAUUAUGGGAUGCCAUUUUGCUGUAAGGAGCUUGAAAUAGAGAAAUUAUAGUAAUUGGACAGGGAUCAGCGAAUUGUUUGUUGGCAAUGGUAGGGUUCAUGGAAAUUUCAACGUCCUUGACCAGUAACAUGUUUUUAUCUUCCUAUUGAGGGGAUUUUGAUUCAAGUAAAAUAAUUGCAGAAUGCAACAAGAGAAUGCCCAGGUGCUUAUUGGGACAAAUUUGGCAUCAUGUUGUUGCUUCAUGUAUCCUGAACAGUUUAUUUAUAUUGUUUUGUUGUGCCUAGUUUCAUGUCAAGUCACUGUUAUUUGGAGAAGAAUGUUCCUGCUCUCAUAAUUGUCACAUGUUCAGAAAAUAUUCUGGAAACUAAUCCGUCCAUUUAUGCAAUGUUAGAUUUACACUUUUCUAGAAUGUUUUCAAGAGAUGUGACAGGAUGUCCAAUAUUGAGAGCAGGUUGUAAAUAAAUGACACUGAACAGCACCUUUGUAUUUCGAUGUGGGUGACAAUUUACAUACACCUCUGGUCAACAAGACCAGAAAACAAGCUUCUUUCUAUUAUAUUAAUUUCAGCUUAUUGUUCCAAAAUCACUUCAUAUCUGUUCCGUGAUCAAUAAGGUUUCAACAACUUAUAAAUUGGGGAAGAGGCAGGGAACCUCAUAGUUUUGUUGGAUGAUUGUAUUUUUUGUGGAACAAAUUAAGUUUUUUAAAAAUAUUCACAGCCCUGCCAUCCCCAGAAUAUCAAAUGUUCAGUACCUAACAACAAAGAUAAACCAAAAAUGUAAACAAGUUUGUUCAUGUGUGAUUGCAUUUCGUUUAAUACCUGACAAAGGCUGAAACGUAAGUUGUCUGACAAAAAGACAAGUGCAUCCGUUACCUGUCUUGAUUCGGCAGAUGGUGUCUCAGAACAGCAGGUGCGUGCUAAGCACCCAUCUGAAUUCGGCAGAUGGUUUCUCAGAACAGCAGGUGCGCGCUAAGCACCCAUCUGAAUUCGGCAGAUGGUGUCUGAGAACAGCAGGUGCGCACCAAGCACCCAUCUGAAUUCGGCAGAUGGUUUCUGAGAACAGCAGGUGCGCACCAAGCAACCAUCUGAAUUCGGCAGAUGGUUUCUGAGAACAGCAGGUGCACGCUAAGCACCCAUCUGAAUUCGGCAGAUGGUUUCUCAGAACAGCAGGUGCGCACCAAGCAACCAUCUGAAUUCGGCAGAUGGUGUCUGAGAACAGCAGGUGCGCACCAAGCAACCAUCUGAAUUCGGCAGAUGGUGUCUCAGAACAGCAGGUGCGCGCUAAGCAACCAUCUGAAUUCGGCAGAUGGUUUCUCAGAACAGCAGGUGCACGCUAAGCACCCAUCUGAAUUCGGCAGAUGGUUUCUCAGAACAGCAGGUGCGCACCAAGCAACCAUCUGAAUUCGGCAGAUGGUGUCUGAGAAGAGCAGGUGCGCACCAGGCUGCCAUCUGAAUUCGGCAGAUGGUUUCUCAGAACAGCAGGUGCGCGCUAAGCACCCAUCUUGAUUUGGAAGAUGGUGUCUGAGAAAAGUAGGUGUAAUUAUAUCUAUCUGAUUGGUGGAAAUUAGAGACAGUUGAUGACUGUCAGUGAUAUGUAUAUGGAUGCCAUUGGUACGGGAAGAGAUGUCUCAGUUUCGCUCAGCUGUUAUUAAAUACCCAAUAUUAUACAGAGAUAAUUGAAAUACGAUCACAUGUAUUAUUAUUGUUGUUGAUGCGGAGUUCUGUAUGGUUUAAUUUGUAUGUUUAUAUAAAUAUAUGACAGUGUUUGGAUAUUUUUUAUGCAUUUAUUCUGUUAUUCCGUUCUAAGAGGAUCCAGUUGUUAGUCGGAUAGUCGCAAGGAAAGUAGCAUCUCAGACUGACCUAGCAAUAUUACUGUAGUUCUCAGUAUUAUACAGGCUUAAAUAUAAUAGUUCUCAGGGGCUGACUCACCAGGAUAACAUGAUUUCUGCUUUGGCCUGACCACGUUUCUGUUAGUUUUACAAAUUCAAACAUCCAAACUUGGUUGUCAGGUUUGAAAGAAGUUAUUGAAUCAUACAUUUGACAGAAAAGCAAACGAGGAAAUGGUAGAAGGAAGCAUAAUUUUCUUCUCACAAUGUUUUUCAUCAUUUAAUUUAAUUUAAUUUAAUUUAAUCCUUAGAAUGAAGUAGGAUUAUCUGUUCUUAAGUCUUAAGUCAAAAUUGUAAAUACUUUAAGUGAUUUUCAUGCUCUGAUGGUCUUGUCUGUGAAGCAAGAAUGAUUUUUCAAAUUUCGAGUCAUAACAUGUUGUCUCAGAUCUGUGAUAUGUGUGUUUGGUAUUUUACUCGUAUACUUACAUUGGUUUUAACAUAUAUUCCAUCAUUUCAUUUCUGACUACGAGCACGGAGUCUCGCACAGACUCGUUGGUACAAUCUGGUGUUGUUGAUAUGUCUUUGCCCUGGGUUUGAUGAAAUCUAAUGUCAGUUUUGUCAUAAAUAGUGCAAAUUCAGAUAUCAUUUUUAGAAUAGUGUGUUAAUUAUACACUGAACUGCUUUGAAGACACAUUCAUCAAAUUAGGCUCUUUGUUUGAUUGUCAGAUUAUUAAGGCCAGCGAUGACAGUCAGUUUUUAUCGUUUGUGACCUGGUUCACCCCCAAAGUGACAUAAUGCAUUUGUGCUGUAAUGAUUCCCAAUGUUCCAGGUACAGUGUUUGGCAUGUAACACACAAAGGAUACGUAUUUGUCCUUUUUAUGUUAAAUUAUAUGUAUCAUUAAAAAUCAUGUUGAUGAAAUAUCAGUAAUAACAAAAUAUAAUUUUGAAAAUAUCUAUCUUUCCAUGUGACAUAUUUGUUUUAACAGACUUGGUUUUUUGUGAAGGACACUUCCAAGAGUUACCUCCCCCUCUUAUUGGCCUACUUCAAAAUUCAUUAAUGUUCACGCUGUUUCAUUUGCGACCUUCUACGUCCACCCAUGUUUAAAGUUUAUAGAUUUGUUUAAACAAAUUAUCCGGAAGUUUGUUUAAGUUAAAAAUAAAAUUAAAGAUAAAUUUGUGAAGCUCUAUCUGUUUUAUUUAAGAAACUGAUAUUAACUACUAAUAUCCAUUCAGUGGCAGAUGCUUUACUUGUGUCAUUCAUUUCAGCCCUAGUAAAUAUGUAAAUAUACUUCUCCACUUUUCAUAGCGAUAUUCCUGGAAUGCCAUUUUCAAAGAGAUGGAUUACUUGUGUUAUGUUUGUACCCGGUACAUAUAGUAUCAGUAUCGUAAUGGAGAGUUGAGUAACAUAUUCAUAAUGUAAAUCCAGGUAUAAUUAGAAACAGAUAAUUUUCCAUGUAUUUCAUGAAGAUGUCAUGUAUUACAAGCCAGAAAAACAGAUUUGACCAGGGACUGGUGUGUUAUGUACAUUCCAAAUUGUGUUUUGUGAUUUGCCAUAUGUACCUUUUACAAAAUCAUCAAUAUUAAACAUACAUUUUGUAGAAUAUUUUAAGUCAUUAUUCCCGUUUUAAUGCCAUAGUGGGUUUUCUAUUCAAGUCGAGAAACCAUUCCAUUUUAUGUACAUUCCAUCAGGAGAUGCAGGAAGGGGCUGAUAAAUGCGACUGCAGCAGAGGUUCCAUUGACUCUACUCACUGAUGUGAUACCGAAAUCUCUUUUAGAAUAGUGGAAAAACUUGAUUGGAAGUGAAUAUAUUCAUUGAUAAAGCUCCUCAGUUUUGCAAAUGCAUCAUCAAAGACCUACAUAUGUCAUUAUUGAAUUUAACCAUCAAGAUUCACCAACCCUAGACUGUGAGCAAUCCUUGUCUGCUAUAUCAUUUUAAAAAAAAAGGAUAUUUCAAAGAAAAAUCUCUUGUCAGUGUUCCCUAUACAUAAUAAUCCUCUUUGAAACUAUUUCAUAACUUAAGACAAAAAUUAUAUUUUGUUGCAAGCUUUUGAUUCUGUGCCUUUUAUUAUAAUGAAAAGGAGACUGCUCCAGUCUACAUCUCCAAUUCAAAUGAGUUUUUGGUGCAUGUUUGUCACUCACCACAUACGAUGGACAACAUAAUGUUCAUUAAGUUGUCUUAUGUGUAUUUAUAAAUUUAGUAAGAGAGCUCAAGUUAAGUACCUGGUCUUCCAAUAAGGGGAACUCUGUGUCAGUGCUUGUUUAUUACAGAGCACAGUGGAGGCGAGUGUCACAUCAGUGUGUGGAGCUUGCCUAGGGUGGUAUGCGGGUAACCAGAUUAACGACAUUAAACAUUAUUUAAUAUCUA